AUGCACUUCACAGCGCCCCUCAUCACCCUCCUAACCUUCCUCUCCGCCACAACCAUAGCCGCCCCGGCGGCCUCUCCACUCUCCAGCCGCGCAAAGGCCACCACAGGCGCUGAUCUCAAAUCCAAAAUCCUCAAUGAAGCCAAACAAAUGCGCCAACCAAACACUCAACUCGAAUUCUUAUCUUCCCUACCAACUUCAAUCUACGAUCAACUUCUCGAACUCGAAUCCCGCGCUGGUGGCGGCGACGGCCAGCCGUUUUACCCAGAAGUCGCAAAGCACGUACAACAAGCAUAUGGACAACUAAAAGCUGGUCAAACACCUACAUUCCCCUCCGAAGAAGAACUUCCUGGCCAUACAGCCGUCAUUCUAAACCUAGAUUUCGCACGUGGGAAAGCUACAAAACCCUCAGAGACUCCAGAAGCAUCUAAGGGAAAAGAAACCGAAACUGCCGUCCCCGCCACGCUGACCAAACGAAAGGCAAAGCUUACAGGCGCACAACUCAGGGCUACUUUCAUGGGACAAGUGGCAAAGAAUAAUUAUGCCCCCUCGCAAGUACAGUUUUAUAAUAGUAUCCCACAAGGGGUAUGGGAUAAACUUGCGGACUUGAGUUGUAGGACUGUGAAACCGAAUGGACAGUAUGAUUCUAGGGUGGCGGCACAGCAGCAGAGGGCUUGGGGACAGAUAUUUAGGAAUCAAAUUCCUACGUUUUAUUAG